AUGGAGGUUGUAAUGAGACAAAUCUCUAUCAGCCACCCGCCUGGUCGCCGAACAUACGACGUUGCUGCCGCUAUCAAAGUGCGGACUCGCCUCACUGAGGAGGAACUGACCAAGAAGGGGCGACUAGCCUGGCAGAAUCUACGAUACAAGCAUCCGUUAAUGGCAAGCUCUAUUGUCGACGGAGACUGGAUAUACAAUGUGCCAUACGGCAAGGAGUUAGAAGACUGGACCGAGAAAACCUUUCUGUCACUAAGUUCAUGCCAAAAAUACACAGAAGUUGUACUCAACAGCUUAGGCCCAGUGGAGUUUCCCAUGCUGCUCCAUCUCAAGGACCGCAAUGAAUUUAUGUUGAAACUCACUCACUGUCAUUCAGAUGCUCAAGGGAUAGCUCUGUGGUUUCACGACUUUCUGAAUGAGCUAUCGUGUCCUGUAAAUGACACUGUCCGAUGGAAACCAGGAGAAGAGGUUAACAACCUCCCUGUUGAGACGUGGGAUGCGGCUGAGAUCCCACGGCUCCCACAAUCAUGGGUUGAGGAUCAUCGAGGUUUCUUUCCUAAGAAGCAGCUUAAAGCACCGAGGACCUUAGGCUUAGAAAGAAAACCUACAGAAGCGCAUCUUCCGUCAACAUACGAGUUCGAAAGAUACCGAUUCUCGGUUAAAUGCUCAGAAACGAUCAUUGCCGGGGCGAGAAAACUAGGCCUCACGCUUACUCCGUUUGCUCAUACAGCCAUCGCCCUAGCUGCAAAGGAACAGGCCAAUUUACCUGAUGGUGUCCAACAUAACACAUUCCUGGUUUCAAGCCUCCGGGAACAAUGCAAAGGACGGCCUGAACUUGUCGGAAUUCACGAUUUCUCGAAAACUUCCAAGGAGUUGAUGAAGUGUUAUUCUUCCUACAAGAGCAAUAUGACGUCGUAUAUACCGAUUAUGACAAACGUUUUGGCCGAUAUGGAUCCCGAUGUCGUGAAUGAUGUGAUGUCCACUCUUAUCUUUAGUAGCGUCGGGGACUUGUCACCCUACAUGAGGGCUUCAUAUGGCGAGAUUGAGCUGGAGGAUUAUUGGGCUAUCAAUCUUCCAGCCAAUAAUUCAAUAUUCAUCGCUAUGGAGUCCCGGCUGCGUCAAUUGGAAUUAAGGGUUUGCUAUAACGGCGCUUUCUAUGAGUCGUCUCGCAUCAGGUCUUUCUUGGAUUCAACAGGCAGGAUUCUUUUGAAGGCUGCUACUUGA